AUUACGUAAUUCGGUCUUUGGUGUAACACAUAAAGCAGCUCUAGCUACAUCUUAGUAGCUACACACAGAGCUCAGAAUCAGGUUGUACUGGAUUUAUGUGGGCCACACAUAUAAUGUGCCCGGCCGGCACUCUAAUGGCUUCCAUUACGUCCUCCGCCACCUGUGCUAAUGGGUCAGAAAUAUUUAAUUGAUGACCCCAGUAUACAGAUUUCACUAUUUCCAUUUUUCUUUCACGUCUGUGCAGACGCGCUCAGCGUUACAAUUUUAUGUUGAUUACGAAUUUGCAUAAAUCCGAUAUGAGAUAUUGCAUGCAUAAAUGCAUUGCGCUUUGUGUAUUUUUGGCUUGGUUUUUGUGAUAUUUUAGUUGGAAUAAACAUUCCUUAAUGAAAGUUUGAUUUUAUUACGCUGUAAUGUAUUGUUGGAAGACUGGGUUGGUUUGGCCUUGUACGCUUCUUGGAGAUAGCACUGAGAAAGCAGUACCUAAUGCAGAACUGAAGAAGUAUUUCAGCAAAUGUAGGGAUGGAAAAAUUCGUGUACUAAAAGUUAGCAUUGAGGAAGAGCAGCUAACUAUGGCAAAACACUAUCCAACAAAAGGAUCAUGGGAGCAGGACUUUGACAAAUAUGUGCCAUCAUUAAUUGUUGAUGAUCUGCCAUGUUACAUCUUAUAUAGAUUUGACUCGAAGAACUCCCUCGGUCAUGAAUGGCUUCUUCUAAGCUGGUCUCCGGACAAUGCACCAGUCAGGCAGAAAAUGUUGUACGCUUCAACAAAGGCUACCCUUAAACAGGAGUUUGGUUCUGCUCACAUCAAAGACGAAAUGCAUGCUACAGUCAAGGAUGAAGUAAGCCUGAAGGGAUACAAGGCUCAUUUAAGCGGUAUAAGCGCGCCUGCGCCGCUCACCAAUCGCGAGGAAGCGUUGAAAGAGUUACAACACAGCGAGGUUAACACCAACUACAGCACUGAUUCCAGGCAAUCGACAAUGGGUGGAGUGGCGUUCCCGAUCACAGAAGCUGCCAAACAAGGAAUACUAGAUUUACAACGAAACUCGUAUAAUUAUCUUCAAUUCAAAAUAGACCUAGAAGAAGAGAAGAUUCACCUGUCGAAAGCAGCGAACAUCUCCCUAGUGGAAUUGCCCCAACAAGUGCCUAGCGACCAAGCGCGGUACCACCUUUAUGUCUUCAAACACACGCACGAAGGAGACCACAUGGAAAGUAUAGUGUUCAUCUACUCAAUGCCGGGCUACAACUGUAGUAUAAAAGAGAGGAUGAUGUACUCGAGCUGUAAGGGACAGUUCCUCGAGAUCAUUGAGAAGAUGGGCCUGGAAAUUGCCAAGAGAUUAGAAAUUGACGACGGCAAAGAACUGACGGAAGAGUUCCUAUACGACGAGAUUCACCCGAAAAGAAAUCUCCACCGGCCAGCAUUCGCAAAACCUAAAGGCCCUCCCAACAGAGGGGCAAAACGGAUCACCAAGUCGCAAGCUGCUCAGUAAUAUAGUAUCGUUUUUUUCAAUAUUAUACUCCGCUUAAUAAAACCUGGAUUGAUUUGACAGGUGUCAGAACAAUACUUUUCAGAUAUCUCCGUUUCCUACUGGGCUAUACAGUAUACGCUACGGAGGAAGUCCCGCGGAUUUUAACGGAACUAACUGACACGUCAUAAUAAUUCUAUGCAGAUACUGCGACACUAGCGCUGUGGCCUUGGGACUUCUUUCAUUGGCGCGGAUUCCAAAUUGAUCAACCUAUAUUUAGCGGAGUAUAAAUAAGGUUACCUACAUUUCUUGAAAAUGGUCGGUUUAGUUCUGUUGUAUAAGAGAAAAUGUGCAAACUACUACAAAACUUCAAUAUCAGACACUGUUUUAAAUAACCAGUUAGUAAAAAAGGUCAUGUUGUAAAGUUACAAGACAGCCUGAUUGGGCUUAAAUGGCAACACCAUUUUGAAUUAUCCAAUCAGUAACGGUAGCUUUUUCCCCGCAUAUCGCGCGUGUUCUGAUAAAACAGGCAAUAGAAUUGAUUUAUCGUGUAGAGUUGGUUCAUAGGAGUAUAUCGACACGCGCGCGAUAUGCGAGUAGCACGCUACGGCUACAUUAAGCUAUAUAUACUAUAAUAAUAUUUAGCUUUGACUGUCCAUUACUAUAAUUAGCUUUUAUAUUUGUCUGUAAUGAAAUUGCAUAUUUAUUGUUAAUAAUUUAAGGGUUCUACGUACAACAUAGGCCCUAAAAACAUCCCUUUUUGUUUAGAUUAAAUAAGACUUAAAUGGCUUGUUUUAAGACUUCGGAAAAUCGGAGAUGAAACCCACACCUAAAAUAGGCUAGUGGGAAGAAUAAUAAUACUUACGGUCAGACAAAUUGAAAACCUUUUUAGAGGGUGCUACUAUCGAAUUUAAAGACCUUUAUUGUUACCAUCAGCAAAUUAAUUUUGUAAGUAAAUUAAAGGGUAAAAAAUGCACAGGCAUAGCUGGUUUCUGUCGCUAGAUCUAGAUAAAUGAGAAAUAGACGAUAAAUUUAGGCUGCUCAAUAAUUCGUCCAAUAGAUAGCUCCGUUAUGAGUAUAGGAUAUUGCCUAUGGGUUUCAUCUCCUAUUAAACUAACAUGUUUAAUUAUUUCUAAGUUAUAUAUCAUAUUAAUUUAUACACGUUUUGAAGUUAAAACUUCAGUUGUACAAAAAACAAAAUUGGAUUAUAUUUAUAGAUUUAAAAAAUAUUGAAAAUGUAUUUUUCAGUAAUGACAUUCUAUGCAGUGUCACGAAUUUUGUCGAAUAGACUUGUAAUGCAAUUUAAAAAAAAAUCUACAUCUGGCUGCUCCGCGUCGCAUUUUCCUGUGCGUCUAUCCUUUUAUGUCACUCAGGACCAUCAUUUGCUAGAGCGAGACAGCGAUCGCACUUGGCAGAAUCGACGAGGCGAUAACAUACGUACACACAUAUACCUACCUUACCUUACUGUGAGUAAUCUGUACUGUGAGAAAACAAAAUGCGAUCGCGCGCGUUUUCAUGCAAUAGUGUGCUGCCAGAUGUGAUUCGACUAGGGCAAAGUCGAAACCCAAGUUCCGAUACUGAGUGAUUCUAUAUCAGAAUUAAUUAUUUUCAAUUUAAAUUUUCAAUAACAUUGUGACCGCGCCCGUAUUAAUACGGCUAUUAAUUUAAGUAAGUAUGUACAGUUCUCAGAAUGUUAAGAAACGGAAUCGCACGAUUUCGAUAUUGAGAUCUAAUAUCAGAAAUCAAUCAGUAUCGGAAUUGAAAACCUUCCUAUAUUACAUGCCCUAGAUUCGACCCUUAGGCGCCGUUCUGACAAAUAUGCCAGUGGCGGCCCUAGGCGGUGCGAACGGUGCGACCGCACCGUGCGCCGAGAUAGGGGGGACGGGACGGGGGGGCGAAGGCGGGCAUAAUCAACAAGACUGGCCAGCAGCCCCGUACCUAGAGGGGAGCGACUGAGUUUUGUAUUUUAAGGGGCUGAGGGACGCCACUUUUGAGGUGUCGCACCACCUAAAUAUUUUGCUAGGGUCACCCUUGUAUGUACAGUCAUAAGCAAUAUAAUGUACCCACAUUAGGACUCUGUCGCACUAACAUAUUUGACAUUUAGUGAGACUUACAGUUCAAUGUGUCAAAAAAGUUAAUGUGACAUUGUACCUAAGUGUAUUAAUGCUCGUGACCGUAGCUGUACUCACUAGGACAAUUUUAACUUCAGAAAACGCUAGGAUUUGAUAAAUUAGUACAAUAAUUAUCAAUGCUAAUUUAUUGUUUUUAUAAUUAUCACUGAGAUAAUUAUCUGUGCUUACUCGGUGCAUAUUCGUUUUGUAAUGAAACCAGUAUUAAUCACUUUAUUACUCUAUAAAUGAUUACGAGGUCCAGAAUGGAUAACAUGCUACUGAGUUAAGAUAUACAAAUUAAUGUAGCAUGACGCCUGUAUCCCAAAGGGGUAGGAUAGGCAGAGGUGAAUUAACACCCACACCUCGCCAGCUAUAUUUAAGUUAAUAGGAGAUUAACGGGGCAGAAAUCCUACUAACCACGUGAUAUCAAUUAUCUAUAUCUAGAAGUUUUCAAACACGUGACUAAGUAUUAUAAGAGUUACGGAUUUUUACAAAAUAUACUAAAGAUACAUCAACAAAAUGUAUUGUAAUAAAAACAGGAUAUGCUUAAAAGGAAAUUAUUCUCAGCAUUGAUUAUUCUUCUGUUACAUUUAUAUAAACCUCGUUUGACUAACGCCUGCAGUUAGUUGAUUGAAGAUAAAUUACAUUUUGUUCAUCUCGAUGGUUAAACUACCAUAUUCAGUGCAAUAUAAAUAACGUGUGAAACGAAUAUUGUUAAGUUUUAAUGGCUGUAAUAUGUAAUGUAUUUGGAAUAAUUGCUUAUUUAUGAAUAUCUAAUAGGUAAUGAAAUCUUGCCACUUUUUUGACAGAAAUAUGGAUUACUAAACCUAAAAUGAAAUCGUUCAGUCGUUAAUGUAUAUUUGUAAUCUACCAGGCGUAAUGCACAAAAUAUUGGAAACGUUUGUACAUAUUUUUACUCUAUUUUUGUAUGUAGACUGUAAUCAUAGCAUUAUGUUAACCAUGUCAAGUCAAUAAAUUGCUUUUGAUAUUUA